GAAUGUGUCCACAUCUAUUGCGUAUCCAGCCACCCGCUCGAGAUGUGGCGACCCCGUAAAUUCUUUGUAUUCGACGUUGAGGUGCUCCGCAGGGGUCGCUUGGUGGGCGCACUCAUCAUGAGCUAUGCCUGGAUGUUGAUGAUCUAUGCGCUGAUCAAUACAAAGCCAAAUUAUAUAACACCAUGGUUAAUACUUAAUACCUUGAUGCUGGCUCUGGAUUUCCUUGUUUGGCUGGUCGAGGUGCUUACCGGUCGGCUGACACUUCAUUUGAGUGCGGUUUAUCCAAUGAUCCGGCUCUUCUGCACCCUGGCCCUGGUCAACUGCAUCAAGACGGUCUUUGAGAACGCCAUCAAACAUAACAUGGGUGGACACCCUAAGUGUGUUUGGCAAGGAAUCGAUAUUUAG